UUAUCUCAUCACGUGUUUGGUUGUGAUCGUAUAAAAUUAACCUUUGCAAAUAAGCAAUAAAUUUAUCACUGGCCGUUGUUUUACUGUUGGGUGUAAUAGUGAGGCUAUUUAGUCAGUCUAAACAAGGAUUGAUCGAACCACGUAUUAUUUUUACUUUGCAUUAAAGCACAAAGGAAGUUAUGUUUCGUCAAGCACAGCAAAAUCGAGUUAAAUUGCAGACAGUGUUUAAGAGAUUUGCAUCUUUUGUGCCAGUAGAGUUUAACACAAGUCUUAAGCAACAUGGUUCACGCAUCAAAGGACGGAAGUUUCUGCCAGGCUCUUCUCAUAAAGAUAUGCCAGAAUUCUUAAGCUACACACACAACCCCAACCUAAAAUCUGUUCGCUUCGAAGGUGACAAAAGUAAAGUUGCUACUGCAGUACGAGAAUACAUAGACGCUAAUCUGCAAAGCAGCAGCGCGAUAUUAUUUAAAGGUCUUCCAAUCGAGAGCGAACACGAUUUCAACCGCAUAGUUACAGCCACAGAUUAUAAAAUGAUGCCAUAUGUAGGGGGCAUCGCAAGUCGAGAUAGCUUAGUUGAAAAAGUAUACGAAGCAAGCAACGAACCCAACGAGAUUAGUAUUGACUUACAUAAUGAGAUGUCGUACCUAAAAUGGUUUCCGCAGAAGAUAAUGUUCUGCUGCAUCACCCCUCCAACGAUCGAUGGAGAAACUCCAAUUUGUUUCAACAGGGAAUUAUUGCCAGAGCUUGAUCCAAGAUUUGUCAAAAAGAUGGAUGAAAAAAAAAUCCGAUAUAUCAGAAAUUAUGCUCAUGAGCACUCGAAUUACAUGUCAUGGCAGUCUAUUUUCGAGACUAACUCAAAAGAGCGUGCAGAAGAAGUAUUGAAGUCUUUAAAUAGCGAAUGGAAAUGGCGUUCAGAUGGUACCUUGACGAGUUCGCAUAUCGGUGAAGCUUUUAUAACACAUCCAGAAACGAAAGAAAAAAUCUGGUUCAAUCAAGUACCAGCAAUGCAUAAUUCGUUCUAUUGUAACCAUCCAGAUUUUUAUGAUCAACCCGAAUUAAAAACAGAAGAAUUCCCUUUUCAUGUGAGUUAUGGUGAUGGUGAAGAAAUGGAGUUGGAGUUCAUACAGCAGCAUCGAAUUGCACAAUGGAAAUUAGCUGUCGGAAUUAAGUGGGAAAAGGGAGAUUUGUUAGUUUUGGAUAACUUAUUAGCACAGCAUGGGCGAAUGAGUUAUGAAGGGGCAAGAAAGAUCGUUGUUGGUUUAAUUGUUGAUUAAUUUUUCGUACGAUAAACUUGAAUAAUUUGUAAUGCUUUGAAACUGAAAAAAGACUGAAAAAAUUUUUGUAGCGGUAUCUUAAUAUGGCAAAAUAUAAUCGUAUUUUUUAUAA